AUGGUGCCCCCCUCUCCGGGCGUCCGGAACUUUCGCUACGGGAUGCCCCAUCUGGACCGCGUUUCACGAUCUGCUUAUGCAUCCAUGGUCGUCAUGGCAAGGAACAUUGCAGUAAAAGGCGAGAAUACAUGGGGCAAGUCGAAUUGGCUCUGCUGCCCCCCUUGUUGCAGUAACUAUUUCUGCACCUCCACCUACGCCAAUGGCGACCAAUCUGCCAUUGCCGAAGCCAUGGAUAGAGCAGAGAUGAAGGGGCGGACCUCUUCUCGUGUAUAUACAGCCCACAUCCUUAACAACACCACCCACCGGGACGGUUCUAUAUACAAGAAACACUCUGGUUUUCUAGGUUUAUGGCCACUUACCCGACGUGAUGAGAGUUCUGUUAUUGGGAUGACUGGCCCUAAGCGAUACAUCGCAACGCUAGCCCCUGUUCUAGUUGAGUUUGACAUGAGGAUCAAGAAAGGAGAGCAAGAAGAGGAUGAUCUACAACUAAUUGAUGGUGCAAUAGAGUACGGCAAUCUAUGCACAUCUGAAUACCCAUUCACAGAUCGUAUUAAUGGCGAUUGCGGCACGGUUGACAUUACUUUAGCCCUCGUUCGUUGGGCAUUUGAGGCCACAAUAGAUGUUACCGUAUCAAAAGUGCAGAGUAGAUUCGAUUUAUCUCUCAGUUCGUUUGUUUUUAUUAUCGAUGGGUUACAUGAGAUUAAGCUCUUUCAUGGCAGUAUUGGUGAGUCGUGUGGCUUAAGAAGACAUGUGAUUGCUGUAAAGGAGGAUACUUGGAUGCAUUUGAAGUUCAAGGUAGGUCAGAGAAGUUGUAAAAAUGAUGGUGAUCUUGAUCGCCAUUGUUCCUUCAAAGCAAAAAAACAUGGGUACGAUUGUCAACAAAUCAUGCUUGAGCUUGCCUCUAUCUCAGUGAAGGUGACCUGGUCGAAUGUGCGAACGGCUCAGAAUUAUAAGUCAACAACCGGGCAGUAA